AAAAAUCAUACAGCGCUUAAAACGUUAUACUAAAUAAAAUAAUAAUAAUAAAAAAUUCCAGUCGAUAGCGUUAUGAGGAUAGAUAAUGGGCCAAUCAGAAACACAGAAGGGUUGAAUCAGUUAGGGAACGGCGACCAAUCAGAAACGGGAGAGGGCGGAGCUAAGAGGGGAAUUUGGUCAUUUCCUGGUUACAGUCAAGCGCUUGCAGAAUGAACGUGGGCGUGGCUCACAGCGAGGUGAACCCCAACACGCGGGUGAUGAACAGCAGAGGGAUUUGGCUCACCUACCUGCUGCUGACCGUCGUCUUACACAUCGUCUUACUGAGCAUCCCGUUCCUCAGCGUGCCAAUCGUGUGGACCUUAACCAAUGUCAUUCACAAUCUGGCCAUGUACGUGUUCCUUCACACGGUAAAGGGGACUCCGUUCGAGACACCAGACCAGGGAAAAGCCCGCCUGCUUACUCACUGGGAACAAAUGGAUUACGGCAUCCAGUUCACAUCAUCAAGAAAAUUCCUCACCAUUUCACCCAUAGUGCUGUACAUCCUGGCCAGCUUUUACACCAAAUACGAUGCCACCCACUUCCUGAUCAACACAAGCUCCCUUCUUAGUGUCCUUCUGCCCAAGUUGCCUCAGUUCCAUAAAGUGCGUCUGUUUGGUAUCAAUAAAUACUGAAGCAGAGUUCAGAGCGGUCAUCGAGAGGCAAAGGGAACAGGAGCGAAGAAAACGUCCGUCUCUUGGUUUAACGCCUCCUCUUAAUACAAGUUAUGGAAGUGACCUCGACGUCUUGCACUGUAUCGAAAAGGACUUGCGGCAGUGCACUGGUGUUUGAAUUGGAUAUUAUUUUCUCCCGUCUUUUUUUUUUUUUUUUUUUAAUUUCACUGGAAAUGCAUUCCAGACUAUGUAUGAAUUCACUUCGAGGGCAGGUGAGGAUUAUAUUUAUUUAUUCAUUUUGUAGUAACCUUUAUGCAAAAAGACUUAAGUGAGGCAGAAUUCAGGAAAGGAGCUGACCGAGUUUCCGUCAAGCGUCUAUGAAUAAGGGAAAAAGUUGUAGGAAUGAUAAAAAAAAAAAAAAACUACAAACAUGGAUUGGGGGUAAAAGUUAGUGCACCCCAACCCCCCCCCCCCAAUGAUUAAAGACAAUCGUAGAAAUCUGACUUCAGUAACAGCGAUGCACAAUAAUAGAGUAAUAUAUGUAACUAUAAGAAAUCUAGGUUAUCAGUCAGCUAACCAGGUACCAAUAUGACCAAAGCACACUGUAGAUAUAAAUAAACACACGUCUGUGUGUCUGGACUGACAUUUGCUCUCAUAGGAGUUGAGUGUAGAGGUAUGUAUCGGGCCUGGGAUCCAGACCUGCCAGUUUCAGUUAAUGCUUUAUCCUAGUCGUGGUUUAAGUUACAAAUAUGUUUAUAUUUUGCCAAACAGGACCAAUUGAGUUUGUUAGAAAAUAUCACAGGUAUGUGCAAACAAGCGGGAUUGGUCGAUUCUUUUAGACAGCGUGGAAUUGGUCAAAAUUUCUGUGGGAGCGGGCGAGUUUAGUCAGACUGUCUGUAGGCACAGGUGGGAUUGGUUUGAAUUCUUCUGGGAGUAAAUAGGAUUGGUUAGAUGGGUUGAAUUUUCUGCUGGAGCGAGCAAGAUCGGCGAGGACACACUUCAGGAACGGGCGCGAUCGAGUGAACUUUCUGUGGACGUGGACACGCACGAUUGGUCAGAAAUUUUUGCAGGAGUGGCCGGAAUCGGUCCGGAUUCUUUUGGGAACGGGCAGGAUUGGUGUAAAUGAUCGAGAGUGGGCAGGAUUAUUUCGGCGCGGCCGGGAUCAGUCAGAAUUCUUUGGGAAGCCGGAGAGAGUGGGGAGAAUUCCUUCAGAAGUGAGCAGGAUCGCCGAUCAUUAAACAGUCUAGUUUUAGACCUGCUUUCACCGGACACCUUUCACCCGCUGGUUAUAGUGAUCAGGAUACUGCGCAGUCCCAGUCUGAGCUUUGAGCGAUGAAAGGCCCGCUGCAGGCGGCGUGUGCUUUUUAUUAAAAUACGAAGUAUGCCGUCUCGAUCACUGCUGUCCGGUUCCACAUUCCCGAACCUGAUUUCUCUCCCUCCCGAAAAGCCUGUUCGAUAGCAAACCAAAAUGAUUGUGUUGCAAUAAAUAUUCGAUUAUCAGAAGUGAUGAAUUAAUGCGUUAAUCAGCCUUUUUACCCCCCCCCUCCCUCCCCCUCCCCCUCCCCCUCCCCACCACCACCACCACCAUCAGUGGUAUCCAUUUAAGCAAACUCUCACCUCUGGAAACCUGCCUCGUCUCGUGUUUUUCAUUUACCGACUUCUUUUAUAUGUAUAAAUUGUCACAUGUAUUUCAUUUCCUAUAGUCUAGAGUCUGUCAUUGCACUGCAUUGCAAAACAUGUAUUUUCGUUAGCUACGUGUGAUAUUUAUGCAGGCUGCUGAGGUCUUUAAAAGGUGAACGACUCGGUUAGUAGCACAUUACUCGUCAAAAGGUCCGGUUUUGAGUCUCGGUCGUAAUUCUGAAGCAUGUUAUCGCGGGAAUGAUCGCAUGCCGUCGAAUAAACAGUAACCGGAAUUCCUAAACAAUUUUAAAAACACUUCUCUGCGUUGUAUCAUAUUUUACAGCUGCAGGUCUUAAUGAACGAAAGAAGAAGAGAAAAAAAAAACUGGGUGGCGUACUGUAUUUAUUUUUGGAUACUAUAGAAUGCGUUUUUUUUUUUUUUUUGUAGCCACGAGUGAUGAUCGUGAUAAAUGAUCCUUGUUCACCCGUCUGUGUUUUCACAUUUAGAGAUGAUGAUUAUUAAUAUUUCAUUUCUUGGUUAGUUUAUAUAACAGGCUCAAGUGUGGGCAAUGAAUGAUGUACUGUACAUGUACUGUCGAUUAUAAAAUUCCUCAUAUAAUAACAGAACUUGUCUGUUUUCUAUUGUUAAUAAUGUAAAAGAGUGAUUUAUUUUUUUUUCUAACUUAAAAUGAUAAAUAUCGAUCAACUGCAGGAAGGGACAAUUUAAAAUGCAAUAAACCUAAAGUUCUGAUUGUUUUAUGAGAGAACUACUAACCGCUUACAUGUGUCAUAAUGUGGAAAAUGGUACUCAUAAUGAGUACCUUGUAUAUUUGGUACAGUCAUAUUAACAAGCUGCAUGUUAACAAGGGAAUCCUCCCUGAUCAUUGACCUCAAAGGGAACCUCUUGUACAAACAGGAAGUAGGCGUUAUCAAACACCAGGAGGAAACCCAAUACACGCCCACCUUCUCUACAUUACUCAGAUCUGUGGUCCAUCAGUGGGGGAGUACACAUGUGCUGCUGGAUUACCUGUGUAGG